AUGUACCAGAAAAUGCCGUCACCCACAAUCACCACGUCGAGAGCGUCAUCUGUGUUGCUGCGAGCUCAACGUUUAUCCAGUGAACUUGCCGUCACCUGUAGGGCACUGACAACCGCGAGUUCAACACCUCUUUGCCCUCCAGCACAGCAGCCAAGCCUAUCACGAGAUCCUCGUCCUCGUCCUUGUAUCAGACCUCAACCUCCUUCCUGUCGUCGCAACAUGUCGUCAACACGUCCUCUGCGCAGUUUGAGCAUCCAUAAUAUCAACCCCCAUGUGAAGGCAGCCAAGUACGCCGUGCGAGGCGAACUUGCUAUCAAGUCAGAAGAAUACCGUUCCAAGUUGAAGAGAGAAGACCCUCCUACACCGCCCGAGAACCCUCUGCCCUUUGACACAGUCAUCUCCGCCAACAUUGGCAACCCGCAGCAACUCGACCAGAAACCCAUCACAUUCUUCCGGCAAGUACUUGCUCUGCUAGAGUACCCGGCACUGUUGAACAAUGAGGAAGCACUCAAGUCGAGUUUUGGCUACAAACAAGAUGCUAUCGACCGUGCUCGCCGGCUGUUGAAGGAAAUCCACUCGGUGGGAGCAUAUUCACAGUCUGCUGGCGCUCCCGGCAUUCGUCAGUCCGUCGCCAACUUCAUCGAGCGCCGGGACGGCUUCCCCUCGAACAAGGACGACAUCUACCUCUCCGCUGGCGCUUCGUCAGGGGUCAACACCCUGCUUCACAUCAUUUGUGGCAAACCUGAGACCGGCGUGCUCGUCCCUAUACCACAAUAUCCACUUUACACCGCGACUCUCUCGAUUCUCAAUGCCCGCUGUGUGCCUUACUAUUUGGACGAGUCUCAGGCUUGGAGCACCGAGCUUUCCAUCAUCCAUGACGCUUAUGACAAGGCCGUCAGUGAAGGCACUGACGUGCGUGCCAUUGUGGUCAUCAACCCUGGAAACCCAACCGGUGCCUCGUUGUCUGAAAAGGAUGUUGAGGACACGAUAAAGUUCGCUGCGGAGAAGAAUCUUGUUAUCAUGGCUGACGAGGUCUACCAAACCAACGUCUUCGUUGGCCAAUUCCACUCUUUCAAGGGCGCCUUGCGGAGGAUGCAGCAAAGGGAACCGGGCCGGUAUGACACAGUCGAACUUGCAUCGUUGAACUCCGUCUCCAAAGGUAUGGUGGGCGAGUGUGGGCACCGUGCCGGUUACUUUGAGCUGGUGGGCUUUGACGAUGAGGUCCAGGCCGAAAUCUACAAGUUCAUCAGCAUCAUGCUGUGCCCUCCUGUCAUUGGUCAAUGUCUGCUGGACCUUGUGGUAGACCCUCCGAAGCCAGGGGAUCCCAGCUUCGAGCUCUACGAUGAGGAAUACCAUGGUGUCAGAAACGGGCUGAAAGAGCGGGCCUGGGCUCUUUACCAAGCGUUCAAGGAGAUGGAGGGCGUCGACGUGGGAGAGCCACAGGGCUCGAUGUAUCUUUUCCCCACCAUCAACGUGUCGGACAAAGCAGUAGAAGCUGCGAAAGAAGCAGACCGUACUCCCGACGAAUUCUAUUGCCUCCGUCUCCUCGACGCGACCGGCAUCUGUGUCGUCCCAGGCUCCGGGUUCGGGCAGAAACCUGGUACAUUACAUCUUCGAACAACCUUCCUCGCCCCAGGGACAGAUUGGGUCGGCCGCUGGACCAAAUUCCACCGAGAAUUCAUGGACAAAUACAGAUAG